GCAAAGAGAAGGCGAAAGAAGCGUAGAAGCUGCACGGCGGAACUGCAAAGAAGCGUAGAACAGGCGAGGACGGGCCAGGAAACAGGGCCCCGCGCCCAUUACUAAGCCGUGCUGCGUCUCCGCACGCUGCUCCGAGCCGCAGUCACCAUUGUGGUGCAUUGGUCGGUCCGCAGUGGAUGCGGGGGAGGGAGGAAAAAGGGAGAAGGUUCGUGCUGGACAUGCUGUAUAAAUACGGGGCAGUCGCCCCAUUCUGAAUGCGGGAUGUCUGAUCCGGUAUGCAACGCAUGUUCUGAUAAGACUAGCAGAAGCCACCAGCAGAAACCCACUCACUGUAGAGAUAUAGAGUCGUCUUCCUACCAGACUUUACACCCCACACCCAACACUCUACACCUACCUACACACAUACACGCGUUUACUGCUCUAAACUUAACUAAAACUAAACCGCUCAAGACGAUGAUCACUGUGCACGAACAGCAAAUGUCUAAGAGGGCAGACUCCCAGGUCCUCCAAGACGCCCAGGACCCAUGCAGCGGCUGCGACGUCGCCGACAUGCACAGCGAAAGGGUGUUCAACCAGAUCCAGCGCUUCUACAGAGAAAAGGAGACGCCUGUGCGAAACAGCAACGCAAUCAGAUACACAUCUGCAGCUCAGGUGGAGCGGUUGAAGGCAUACUCGAACAACGACUUUGCCGCCUCGAGAAUACGGGAUCUGAACAACGGAUACCUUCCAAGUUUGCUCACAUAGAUGGACAGAUAGAAGAAUAAUUGGCCGCUCUCGCUCGCUUUCUCUUCACUUCUGACCGACUAUUAAUACUUUACUACCACCGUGCAUUGAGGCCUAUUUAUACACUAUUUAUUGAUACGUUGGCGAUACACGUUACUCAGUUGAUACCCUCACAACUCAUACCCGACUUUCCGCCACCUACACACAAACACAUAUACACUAUACCAGAGGCUUUGUAUAAUCUAUAUAUGCUCGCCCCCCAAAAAUAAUAAUUGAUACCCCAAAUUUUUUUCUUUGCGCUUACGUAACCGGAGGUGACCGGUGUUAGCCGGACUGGCCUCGGA